AUGGCUCGCACACCUGAACAGGCCGCAGAGCAACAACCCCGUGCUGCACUUCGGCACCAGCUUCUUUCCCAGACGGUGAUAACGGUGGAGCAGAAGAGGACGAACGAGGACGAGAACAUAGAUGAUACUGCUUGGGCAACGUUUUUAAGAACCACGGCGGAUAUGUAUUACUGCACACCUACGCUUCAGCCAUGCGAAGAACUGGUCAAAGACACGCUUAUGUGGAGAAUCAACGCUGUUUCAAAUGACAGAAGCAGUUGUUUUGUCGUGAGGAACCAUGCCACUGCUGCAGCUGUAUGGUUGGGGUCCUCCUCAGCCACCAACUCUGGCUAUGAGUACAUCAAGGAUGCAGAAGCAUAUGUAUUUGAGAAAUUGAAGGUCCAUAUCGAGAUAAAAUACAAGAGCAAUAAUGAGAUCCAUGGAGGGUCAGAGGGAUCCCACAUCGGCAACAACCGUGUUUUUCUGUUCUUUCUGGAGGAGACGGCCAGCCAGCUUGACAGGAAUCAGUUGCUGGAGGAUUGUGCGUUCCCUUGUCGACAUUGGACUAUGAAGGUGGUUAAUUUGGUUCUGGUCAUAGGGGCGUGCCUCGGCCUCUCCUACGCCUCCGAGAGCCCUGCCAAAUGUUUAACUCCAGACCCGUCCCCCGAGUUCCUUGCCUUUGAUCCACUGAAGCGCAGCGUCAACAACGGCGUCUUCCCCCGACAAGCCCAGAAUCUCAGCGUGGAUGUGUACUUUCACAUCGCGAGCACCGUCGUCAACGCCACCAAAAUCACCGAGCAGCGUGUAGCCGACCAGUUCACAGUGCUAAAAGACAGCUACCUGCCCUACGGUAUCAAUCUCUCCCUCCGAAACACCUCGCGCGUAGUCGACGAUCUCAUCGGCACCGGCUUCUACCUGCCAGAUGCCUCCAUGAGCGAUGACCUCUUUGACCAGUGGCUCGCCUGGAUGCAGCGCACGCGCCAGGGCAGCUACGCCAGCCUCAACGUCUAUUUCUACACUGACCUCCCUUCCGGGCUCAUGGGCAUGUGUCGGCUCCCAUCAAUCGUCACGCCGGGAGACGAGUUCUUCUACCGCGACGGGUGUCAGAUCCACGCGAAGACCAUGCCCGGCGGAGACGAUCCCAAGUGGCAGGGUCACACGACGGUGCACGAGGUAGGGCAUUGGUUUGGCCUGCUGCACACUUUCCAAGGCGGAUGCGCCACUGGCGCAGAUGGCAUCCUCGAUACCCCGGGUCAGCUGUCGGGGAGUACAGGAUGUCCGGUUGGGAGGGAUAGCUGCCCGGACCAGCCGGGCUUGGACCCAAUCCAUAACUUCAUGGACUAUUCGGAUGACACCUGUACCACGGAAUUUACGCCCCUGCAAAUGGAGCGCAUGCAUGGCUACUUUGCAAGCUAUCGAGCCGAUGCCUAG